AUGUUUUUUUCCUCUUUAUUCUUUCUUUCGUUGUUUCUUUCUUUUUUGUUUCUUUCUUUGUUUCUUUCUGCAAAAAGAAAGAAAGAUGAAAAUUCUUUGUUUCUUUUUUCUUAUUCUUUUAUCUUCUUCCUUUGUAUUUUAACGACUACAUUUUACAUUCUUCAUUUUUCACAUAUGCCUCCAUUUUAUUUCCUUUCACUCUUUCGCCAUUUUUUAAUUUACUCUUUUCCAUUAUUUUUUUCUUCAGCUUAUCCUUUUCUUUGUGUCUUUCAUUCAAUCUUUUUCCUUCACUACAUCUUUCUUGCCUUUCUUUACUUAUUCCUUUCCUUUACUAACUUCUUUCUUUCUCAUUUUUAUUCUAUGUCUAUUCGCUUAUUCUUUUCAUUCUUUAUAAUCCACUUCUCUAAUCUUUCUUUCUCCUCUAUGUCUCUCCUCCUAUUAAUCCUAAAUCUUUCCCAGGAUUCGAUUUUCAUCCCUCGACUUUCUAUUGCUGUCUAUUCCUUUUUCUCUUCUUUCAUAUAUUUUUUUAAAUUUAUUCCUUUUUUCAUGCAUUUAUUCAAUUGA